CGACAACGCCUCCAGGAAGGGACACGGCGCUCACAAGCGUCAUCGCUGUCGGCACAGAGGGGCCGUGCAAUGCUUUCGCAUGGGCUUCAACACCCACCCCACGAAAAGCCUCUGUCUUUGCAACUGACAUCAGGACAUCACCUAGCUAUUGAAAACCACCAGUGUCCCCUGCGCCGACCUCAACUCCUACAACCACCCUAGGCACGAAAGUGGUCGCGCAAACCUGGAGCACACCAUCUAUGUGAAGCCGGUCGCAUCAAGACGUAGUGCAUCGACGAGAAGGGGAUCCGAGGAGUAUCUCGGAGAGCUCCCGAGUCAACAGGGCAGCAGACACUGCCCAAGGGAGGCAACCAGCAGCAGGAUGUGUGUCGUGGCCACGCCUCCAAGGAGGUAAAUGGCAUCCGUAGACGUCGUCGUCGCUGGCAGUGGCCUAAGCCUUGCGGUGCUUUCGCGGACACACUCGAAACCACUGGUGUCUCUGCAGGCCACACCCCGUAAUACCAACCCAGAUGGGCAGAACCAAGACGAACCGCCCCCACGAUUGUCAAAGUGGCUGGAGGGAUCAAAACAUCAAUGGCAGCAGCGAGUCCUCACCAUGCCAUAGCCGCAUCAUCCUACCAACCACGGGUCCCAAGCUCUCCCGAGCCGGAGCAAACCCGUUUGAACAUCUUCGAAGCUUCAAAUCCUCUCCCGCUCUAAUUUUGUCACUGCAGCGCCCGUUCUCUUUCUUGUCUCCGUCCCGAGCGCCGCCCGGCAACCCAGCCCCCUGGUGGACACCCUCCGGCACCUCGCUGCUGCCUCCAGCCAACCAUAUAAGCCACAGCACCCUGCCGUCUACUUGCUCCCUCGCCGGUCGGCCUCUUCUACCGCCCCCCUGGGUUCUACGCCGGAGAGCCAUGGUCGCUGCCGCCACUGUUGACACGGGAGGACAAGCGCGUACCCACGGCGGCAGGAGGCCCGGCGGUCGCAGGAGUGCCAUUUUUUUUGGCUGGGUGUCGAACGGCAAGGCGCAUCCGGUGUCCUCCGUGUUGGUGACACGGCUUGUACGUCGCGGUCUCUGCCAGACAGCCCGCCUGGUGCUCGACCAAAUGCUGCAACAGGGCAACGCGUUUCUGCUGUCUUUGACCUUAAACAGCGGCGACAUUACGACGUCGUGAGCAGGCCGCGCGGUGUACAUCUUGACUGAGGACCUGAGAUUUUCGUCUUCGGUCGGUGCCUGCGGGAGCAUGUGUUCGAUUGGGUCGCCCACUAUUGAUGUUAACGAACUAGCUGGAAGGUCUUCUUUGUUACAAUUUUGGGGUCAGGGAAUUAUUGGUUGCUCUAGAUGUGAUGACAUGACAGGUUCUGACAUCCAUCAACAACCUCCAUGGCUUCACCACGAGCAACCAGCAGCAUCAGGUACUUUCCUGUUGAUAUAUUUCUUCUCCCUACAUGUGUGUUGUCAACCUUGCCAGCUCUGGAAAAUCAAAUGCUUUUAAUGUGUUUGUCAUACUACAAUAAUGCAUAUUUAUAGAAAGUACAUUGGUGUUUCGAUCAUAUUGAGAAGAAAUAUUGAUUUUUGUAAGAAAAAAUGUGUAUGCUGGCACAUGCAAACUUUGGGGGAAACAUAGGCUACACAAUCGGGAGGACACGCGCGUACCCCGGCGGCAGGAGGCCUGGCGGUCGGAGGAGUGCCAUUUUUUGGCUGGGUGUCGAACGGCAAGGCACAUCCGGUGUCCUCCGUAUUGGUGACACGGCUUGUCGCAGUCUCUGCCAGACAGCCCGCCUGGUGCUCGACCAAAUGCUGCAACAGGGCGACGCCUUUCCGUUGUUCCUUGACCUUAGCAGCGGUAGCAGGACGACGCUCGUGAGCAGGCCGCAUGGUGUAUAAUCUUGACCGAGGUGCCGAGCCAAUCAGCACAGCCGCAAUUAGGUUAUUUCUUAUGCUGGUUAAUUCUUUUGUUCAUACAAUUCCAGCAUGAGAUUGCUUUUCAUUUUGCAAUCCUCCUUUGAUCCUCUUAAUACUUAUCAAAUUUUCGUGUUCGGUCGUUCGAUUGCGUGUUGCAUCGCCAACUACCCAUAAAGGCCCGUGUCUCAUCCAGUCAUCUUUGUGCUGAACAUUAACGAACAAGCUGGAAGGUCUUCUUUUGUGACAUUCUUUUUAGCUCAGUGAAUUCUCGAUUGUUCUAGAUGUGAUGACAUGACGGGCUCCAACACAUGCAUCGGCAACCUCCACCAUGAGCAACCAGCAGCAGCAUCAGAUAACCUUUCUAUUGAUGUAUUUCUUCUUCCCUACAUGUGUGUUGUCAACUUGCGAGCUCUUGAACAUCAAAUGCUUUUAAUGUGUUUGUGGCAAUAUAAGAAUGCAUAAUUAAAGUACAUUUGUGUUUCAGUCAUGUUGAUAAGAAAAAAUGAUUUUAGUAAGCAAAACUGUAUGCAUACAAGAUGCUAGAAAUCCAGAGGAAUGAAUGAUGGACGAAUUGGAGAGGGAACAUGAAGGCAAAGGGAAAUGAAACAUAGAAACAUGGUGGUGGACUAAAACACGAUUUGCUCAAUUAAUCUAUACUUCAUUUGUAGUCCAUAGCAACGAUGUUUUUUUCACGUGGUGGCAGACUAAAACAUAGAAACAUGGUGGCGGACUGAAGCUUCUAGAUUAAGGAGAGUUCACAUCUUACAUGUUUUUUUCACGUUUCAGAAAUUCUUCCUUGUGAUUUUUUGUUAUGGUUGACACAUGCAAACUUUAGGGGAAAAUAGGCUACGCAAAAAUGUGAGCACUUGCUAUUAUAGUAUUAUAUCAGCUUUUAACAAUUUGGUUUUCCACGUUCAUGUCCAUUUGUUGCUUGAGAGAAGAGCCAUGACCUGUGAUAUCUUGGUUGCGCUGCUUCAUGCUUGAUCCAGGUCUCUAACUAUUUGUUCGGGUAUUGCUCAUAAGUAAUAACUAACUCGAUGCAGAUUAGAGGAGGCCUUUCAUUGCAAAAGAAUACUAGAGGAGGCCUGCACAUGUUCGUAACGAGAGGUGUUGGUGGUGCAAGUAGUGGAUACUGGGAGGUAGUUGAUUGAGCAUACAACAGUUUUAUUAAGGGUAAUACUCCCUCCAUCCUAUGAAAUUUGUCUCAACUUUAUCAAAAUUUAGCGUCUAGAUCCACCUAAAUUUUGACAAAGUUGAGACAAGUUUCAUUGGACGGAGGGAGUACAAUCAACAACUAUUUAUCUUACAGUAGUUUCCUAAGUUGAGAAAUUCAAAAACUUGUAGUAAGCCUCAGUUACAUGGGUUCUGCAGAUCUGCUGUAAGAUCUGAACAUUGUUUUUACAUAUAGGGACAGUUCACUACCCUGUUAAAUCAGGUCGUAACAUAUGUGCUCAAUCCAAUUGCAUGCUUGCUCCCAUCUGUUAUUCAUCCUCAUUUUUAGAUAUGGAGUAUCAUUCAACACGGUUGGAUUCAAAAUGCUGGUAUCCUGCCAAACGAUACCCAAUGAUUGAAAUGGCAAGAUAGAGCAGGUAUGAUAGUUGCAAUGGAACUAUUGGCUUUCAGCAACCUUGGAAGUAGAAAACAAAGGGCAGUAACAUCUUCUGAACCUAAUUGGGAGGUUUAGGAGCAUACCUUAAGAAAAUUUUGGAUUGUAGAGCAAACCUAUCAUUAUGCAACAAUUUAAUUUUUUGAAAUAUGUUUUGUACGGUAGUUGUUAGAGCAUUGCACUCUUGGAGUCUAAAAGAACAAUUUAAUUUACUUGGGAACGAUGCCGCACCAUCAGUACUAAUUGACUUGGGAAGUUAUAAAAGGAACAUGAUUCACUUUGUUUUCCCCUCACACAAGAAUUUGCUAUCUGAAUUCUCACUGAGAUGGGGGGUGAGGUUCGCAUUUUUUGCUUGUUUGACUGUUUUUGCACGGAUUAGUUAAUGCUUCCGUUUCUAGAUGCAUGCAAAUAGACCCAAUAUUUUUUCUUUUGGAAGGAACCGGUCUUUUUAUUCAUACAAUGCUUACUUACAAACUGAUCACCCAAAGACCUCUUUGAAAAAGUUAGAAAAAAUCAUGUGUCUGUUUGAAAUACAGGGUCAAAUAUAAGAUGGAACAUGUACAAAUAAGAACUUAUAAAUCUCCUGAUUAUUUUGAAUGCUUAGUAUAUGUCAAUUAAGACGUGAUUACUAGUACUGGCACAGGUUAAGGUGGCUUGGUCAUUUUAUUUUAUUUUCUGUAGAGAUAAAAUUCGUUUAUGUCACUUACAAUUUUGCGUGCGGAUGUAAAAAAUGAUUGACCAAUCUGUUAGUUCAUCGGUGGUCGACUGUUAGUAUACCUAAAUGACAUAUGUGCCCGACUGCCCGUGGGACCACAUUACAGUCUGCAUGCGAUGCCGUGGAUUGGUUGUUUACAUAUCAAAGUAGUAGUACUGAGUGAUUAGCUAAAUUGUUUGAAUUUUUUCAAGAUAUAGACCAAAUCAGAACGGAGAGAGUAUUCUUUUAAGAUAUUUAAAAACUGGACCCAGAAAGUAAGUCUGUCUAUAUUUUGCAUGCCAGCAUUGCACCAUGUAAACUGUUCCCGUUGGAUCGCAGUGCUCACGUGAUGGUUGGCUGCAUAUGCAGACUAAACUAAAGCACCUUUUUGGUUUCUAUUUAUACGGUAGUGCGCACCUGGGAGACUGGUAUUGGCUAGGAGACUAAGUGUUACUGCUAAUCAUAGUUUAAAAUAGCCGGUAUAGCGGGCUUUUCGCAUGGUGCGGCUAACUGCAUUAGCCCGCUAAAAGGUGUUAAAGUUCUUAAAUAGCCGGCUAUAGCCGGGCAAUUGUUGUUUUGGGAGGCCGCGGCUAUAUCUUGUAAACAUUGCUGCUAAUUAAGCUGCAGGGGAGUGAUGAGUGAGGAGCGAGGACAGAGGAUGCUAGUACUAUUAGUAGUACUCCAUCCGAUCCAAAAUAAGUGUCGGAACGUUGUAUAAAAGUUGUAUUAACUUAGUACUAAAUCUCCAUCACUUACUAUGGGAGGGAGUACUAUUUAUAUAUCCAAUGGUGAGAAACCGAGACCUUUACUGGCUUUGCUGCUGAAGUGAACAGGCUGGCCGGACAUCGGUGUUAGUAAACAAUGACCUCGAUUGCUUUAAUGAAAGGUCUCUGUACGUAAUUAAACUUGGGAGAGCUACUCUUAUUUGAAGCUAUGAUUAUUUAAUCCAGUGGCCUGAGAAUGCAUUUGCCUAGAGACUGGAUUCCUCCUCUCCUUGCAGCUACCAACUUUAGCCUGGGUAGCUCCAUUUCUGGAUCUGGCAAUGCCGGUCCUGCCUCAACCUUCACUCAGGGGAAGAAUAGAACGUCAACAGAACCUAAUUGAUGAUGCCGACUGGGUGGAGGUGAGAUAUAUCAACAGCUAUGCCGCGUUUAUGGGAUACUUGUCCAUGGCCGUCAAGGGGCUAGGUUUACUGGUGUUCACGUGGAUCACCGUCGUCCUCCUCGGCGGCUACGUCUCAGAGCUCGAGACGAAGGAUUUUUGGUGCCUCACAGUGAUUACGCUCCUACAGACAAAGGUAUUCAAUGGCUUCGUGAGAGAAAAGUUAUCUGAUAUCGGGUAUUGGUACUCAGCAUUGUUCAGCCUUGCAGUCAACAUUGCUAAGCCUUGCCUUCCAAAAAACGGUGUUGUUUCCAAUCCCAAAUAUGGCCAUGAGUCGUCCCUGAAACGAUUUAUAGUAGCUUUAGCGGUGGUCGUGCAAGUGAUGGUGGCCACCAUUAUACUGUGCCCUCUAAUAGCUCUCUAUAUGUCCGGACUGUACAUCACCACCGGGAUCGCAGUGUGGCGUCUAUCAGAGCGCGACUUCGGGGGCAAGGGUGGAGAGGUGAACCUGAAACUGGGACUGGAAGUCCUCUACUCUCUGACUCUCUGGCUCUGCUGCAGUUUGCUACAGGACCAGCUGCUACCAAACGGGAAUAAGGCUAGAGAAAAUAGUAGGCCAGGAGUACGGGUUCAGAGGCCUGGCACUUCACUCAGUCAAACGCUACUUGCUCGAUAUCAGGGCGGGGUGCUUCAAGGACCCAUCAUCCGCCAAAGGAAAGAACCUGCUGACAUACGCUGUGGAGCUAAUGGGGUCUCAGUCACCUCAGAGCUACCUGUCUGGGCUAAGGAUUCUUGACACACUGAUUGGGCCCGGGAGGAGGGCGAAAGACACGGCAUCGGUGGCUUCGAACAAGAGCAUGAUGCUGAGGCGGCGCACGUGAAAGUGCAUGGAGCCCCCAUGUGUGGUUUUGGUAAUUAAUGAUAAUCCCUAUGGACUAAUGUUUACAUUGAGUUAUAUUUGUAGGAGUUGUCCAUAGACAAUUCUUGAACCAUAUGUUGGCUUCAAGGUUGCAAUAAGAAGAAUUUGAUGAAGGAUAUCAAGUGUCAAGUAUGUCUUGAAGAUGAAGAUGGAGUGAGCCCUGAAGUUACUUCAAGACAUCAACAUGAUGAAGAAUGAAGAAAUGAAGUGCAAGUUCAAGAUGAGCCAUCUCUAAGAGAUCAUUUGCUUGAAUCUUGCCAUCCAUAUGGUGACCAUGGAUAUGUGAAGAUGUGCCGAAGAAGAAGCUCUCCCAUGGUGGAUUAUGGGGGAGCAAUCCCACAAGACUUCAUCAAGCAAGCACAAUCAAGAAAGGCGUUUCAUCUUGUUGUGAUCAAGAUCGUCUUCAUCGAGCUCAAGAGGAACGCGCAAGGUUAAGGUUUGCUCUUGAUAGAGUUUCUUUCUCACCGGUCUCAUAGUGUAGUUGGAGACCGGUUUAUAGUUUAGUUGCCGUACUAUCAAGAGGGCUCUCGAGUGAGUAACUCAAUCGUAUCGUUCGGAGAGCUCAAACCUUUGCAUCCUUGCAUCAUCUUUCUUGGUUGUAUUUUUGGAUCUUAUCCAUGUGAUGUUUUGGAGCUUGUGCUUAUUCUCAUGACAAGGUCUAGUUCAUCGAAAACGGAUUUUGCAUAGAUCUCUUGUUGCGUUUUCGAGUUUGGUGAUUUUCUCGGUUUCUCAUGUUGAGGUGUUGCACCUCUAAAAUUAAUAGAAAAUCACCCCCAACUAGUUUCCAUAUUUUCACUUUUUGUUGGGUAGCUCUUGUCGUCCUCUU